CCACAUGGAUUUGAUGAUGAAGCUCUUGAAAGUGAAAGAAUAACCCUUGUGGAAGAAUUAAGGAAGAAGAAUGUUAACAUGACACUUGUUAAUCAAAAGAUGGACAUGACUUUCUCAAUGAGAAGGAGAGAGAUAGUUCAUGAUGAACCUCCUGUUUCUGUGGUGAUGGAAAGAUGGCCAGGUCUUUUCACAGAACCACAGGUGUAUGCAGAAUUUAAGAGAAUUACAGGAAUUGACCUUCACACAGCAUUCCAUGCCUCUCUUGACAAGUUUUCAGUACCUCUCCUCAAGAUGUACAGAGCCAAAGAGAGCAAUAUGAUAACUGCCCUGUUAGAAAGUCUGGAUGAGCAGACCACAGACAUGACAAAACAUCGUAGAAUAACAGCACUAAAAGGACUUCCAUAUUACUUCAGGGAGCACACCCCUAUUCUGAAGACUUGUGUGGCAGCUGACUUGUUGGAAACCAAAGUUGGCAUGAAAAUGGGCAUCCUGGAGACCACUGAAGAUGGGGCAGUCCCACCCAAGUCAGUGAACAGCAUUAUUGUGCUGGAGGAGACUGUUGUCCUUGAGGGACUCACUGACUAUCCAACUGCAUUUGGACUGCUUUUUGGGCUUAUUUAUGCCUUCAACAUUGAAUUCCCCAAAGAAUGGAAAUAUACAUUUGAGACCAUUCAGAAGGUUUUCUUUUUUCUUGGAGAGUACUGCUCAGCCCGAACACUGUCUCUGAAGAACAGACUGUUAAAGAGCUAGAGCGCUCAAUUUCUUGCACCUUUUUUUUUGAAUGACCUGAUGUCCUAGUAAAUCCAUGUUUUGUUGUGAUUACAGAAAUGUUUCAUCAGCUGUUUACUGAAGGAUAACCUGCGGAGUUUAGUUGCAGUAAAUUUAUAAUGGGGUCUUCAUUGUGUCAGAGCUGAAUUGUGUAUUUCAUACUUCUUUAUUUAUAGCUUUAUUUUGCUGAAAUGUUUGCAAAAUUUAUCUGCACAUGGCACUCUAUUGGUACAUGAGAAAAAAAAUUAAAAAGGGAUAGCUUUCUUAGUUCCUUUAGAAUUUAUUAUGGGUUCCUAAUUGUGUUAGUUGUAUUUCUGAGGUCAUCCCUUCUUGUGUGCUUUAUUGAAUUGUUUUUUUGAAAUGUUGUAAAAUUGAUACACAUUGUAUUCUCAUGGAAGUAUGCUAAAAAGUUUUUGACGAUUGCAGCAGUUGAAGAAGUGAGCAUAAUUUUUCAUAAAUACCUGUUCUCAAUCUCUUCUGUUGGGUUUAACUAAUUGAUAAAGACCAGUUGCUUGAUAUAUUUCAUAUUUGCUUUGUACCCAGCAAUGUGUGAGUGGAUUACUGUUAUGUAAUAACUUUAUCCAUUUGAACAGUGGAUUUACAAAACUUCAGCAAUAAAAAAUGUUGCAUUUGAUACCUGUAAAA